GCGGCGGAUGCCGCGUUUGCCUCUAACGUGCUUCGAUUAAAAAAAAAUAAUAGCCAUAGACAAGUAAAUUUACGCGCGAAAACGUAUAGUACUUGUAUUUAAGUGUUAUUUAAAUUGGUUCGAAAUUCAAAAAUAUUGACCAACGAGAUAAUACUUUUUAGUGUAGUGCAGCUUUCUUUUUUUUUUGGAGUGCGUUCCAGUUUUCGUUCGAAAAGGGAACAGGGUGAAACAGAUCGAAACAGAAGAGCAUGCAACUGAAAUAAACACGAACACUUUUUUUUUAUUAUAAAAACUAUAAACAAGAUGGCGCCGCAAGAGCGAACUCCUUGUUGCGAGCAGGAAGAUUCCCGCGCAAAUACGACCAUAGACAAUAAACUCUCAGAUAUUGAUUUAACGAGUGGUUUUGUCAACAAAGGCUUCGUUAAUGAUAGCACAGAUAAUACAACGAACCAGAAAGUCAAUGAUAAAAAAGAUGAUGACAGAGGACAUAAAAAAGCCACUGAUUUCGAUGAUCUAUUGCCAUAUGUAGGAGAAUUUGGACUAUAUCAAAAGAUUUUGUUUUUAUUAAUGAUACCGUUUGCAUUUUUUGUUGCUUUUGUAUAUUUCUCACAAAUAUUCAUGACCAUAGCGCCUGAGCAGCACUGGUGUUGGAUACCGGAGUUGGCGAACUUGACCGUGGAAGAAAGGCGCGCCCUAGCAAUACCCCCCAAAUCAGACGGACCGUUUCCCCACGACCGGUGUAGUAUGUACUCGGCCGACUGGUCGGUUGCGCUUGCGCAGGGCAGGACCACACCGGACGACGAGUGGCCCGUGGUGCCGUGCGCCCACGGCUGGGAGUACAACAAGAGCGAUGUUCCGUAUGAUACCAUUGCAUCCCAGCUGGACUGGGUGUGCGAAAAGGACAACUUGCCGGCUACAGCUCAGGCCAUCUUUUUCUGCGGUGCCAUAGUUGGGGGGCUGGUGUUCGGCUGGAUAGCUGACAAGUAUGGAAGGAUACCAGCUCUAGUUGGGACAAAUCUGAUUGGGUUCGGUGCGGGUAUUGGCACAGCGUUUUGCAACAGUUUCUGGUCGUUCGCGUUGUGUCGCUUCCUUGUUGGAUUAGCGUUUGAUAACUGCUUCACCAUGAUGUAUAUACUUGUAUUAGAAUACGUUGGCCCAAAAUGGCGUACCUUCGUGGCGAACAUGUCUAUAGCAUUAUUCUUCACGCUCGCCGCGUCCCUGCUGCCCUGGAUAGCGUUAUGGGCCGAUGACUGGAGGAAGUUUGCUGUCGGCACUAGUCUGCCCUUCGUAUUAGCUGCGGCGACACCUUGGCUAGUCCCAGAAAGUGCCAGAUGGUUGGUAUCCCAGGGCAAGAUCGACAAAGCGCUCACUAUCAUGAAGAAGUUCGAAAGGAUAAAUAAGACCAAAAUACCCGAGAAAGUUCUCAGCGAGUUCGCGGAAUCGUCUCUUACAACAAUCAAAGAUUCGGAAGCUGAAUCCAAAACUUAUUCCGUAUUGGAUCUCUUUAAAACUCCACGUUUAAGGAGGAACGCUAUUCUUCUCAUCAUCAUAUGGAUGGCGAUAUCUUUGGUCUUCGAUGGCCAUGUCAGGAAUGUGGGAUCUUUAGGAUUGGACAUCUUCUUGACCUUCACCAUAGCGUCAGCUACAGAAUUACCAGCUGAUACCUUUUUAACUGCUGUUUUGGAUAGAUGGGGCAGAAGAUGGCUGGCAUGUGGAUCUAUGGUUAUUAGUGGCAUCUUCAGCCUGUUAGCCACAGCUGUUCCCAUAGGCGGUCCAUCAGCGUCCCUGGCCAUUCUCGGUCGCUUCGCCGUGAAUAUAUCGUACAACAUUGGUCUCCAAUACGCGGCUGAGUUACUGCCCACCGUGGUCAGGGCACAGGGCGUUGCCCUCAUCCAUAUAAUGGGCUAUGUCGCCUCUAUAGUGGCACCAUUUGUGGUCUACCUAGCCAACAUUUCUCAGGAUCUCCCACUCCUCAUUCUUGGUAUUCUGGGUAUUGUUGGUGGUCUUCUGUGCUUGUUCCUGCCCGAGACAAUGGACACGGAGAUGCCUCAGACCCUACAAGAUGGAGAGAAUUUCGGCAAGGAUCAGAGGUUCUGGGAUAUGCCUUGCUUCCCCAAAAAAAGAAAAGAAGAUGAAGAGAAUCCAGGACGGUACAUCAAACGCCACUCAAUCAGCAGUCGCAAUGAAUCCGACAACUUCGUCAGGGCUGCACCCAGUGCUAUAGGCUCUAGAGCUUCCAUCAGAGCCUCGAUUAGAGCUUCAGUCAGGACCCGAUCAGGAUCGAGUAAACGAGAAGGCAGCAAAGAACGGAGGGAAAAUAUGGUUUGAAUGAAUAGGUAGGUAUAUAAUGUAAAAACUUAUAGAGUUACUCCAAUAAAUUUAUUAGAAGAAUAGGUAGGGAUUGAAAAGGAAAAAUUGAAGAUGACAGAAGAAAUAAGGACUGUUCAUUUGUUUAUGCAACUUAGAAUGGCAAACAAGCUGACGGCCCGCCUGAUGGAAAGUGGUAACCGUCGCCUAUAGUCAUGAGCAGUACCACGGAUAUAACAGAGUAUACUAUUUAGCUCAUGGUUCCUUCCAUGCGUUGCCAUUCCUGAGGAUUAAGGUGUUAUGCUAAAUUGAAAAAGAAAUACACAUUUGAUAUUAAAUAAAUAAAUAAAUAAAUAAAUAAACAGCUUAUACCUUGAUAUUAUAGUAAACACUUAUCAUUAUGUUACAAUGAUAUUUAAUUGAUAAAUAUUUACACCUUUAGUCCUCAGGAAUGGCAACGCAUAUAGGGUAUCAUGGGCGACACAGUAUACUCUGUAAUGUCCAUAGUACUGCUCAUGUCUAUAGGCGACAGUUACUACUUCCUAUCAGGUGAACCGUCAGCUUGUUUGCCAUUAGUUAAGUUAAGUUGCAUUAAACUAUAUAUUAUAUUAUAGUACUGUAAUUCCUGAUAAGGUAGCCAGAGAUAUUAAUUGUCUGUUAUGUUAUAGUUUCAUUACGUUUUCAUUCAUUUAUUUAAAAAAAUAAAAGAAAAUAAAUUACAGAUGUGUUAAAGGCAUAUAUUUUAGAUACAACUAUGUUUUGCCUCUCAUAGCAUGCAAAUUUUGAAUUAGACAUGCCUAAAUUGCAGCAUGCACAAAUUCUACCAUCACUUACAUUAAUUCGGUCUGGUAAUGGUGUUUUUUUUUUCGUUAGAAAUUUAGUCGAAAAUAUUAAAUUAAUUUAAAUAAAAUUCAUAAUUCCAAGUUUUGUUGACGGUCACAUUCAAACUUACUUAUUACUAAUCAGACUUAUAGAUCUUAAACUCUAUAAGUCUGGUUAGUAUACAGUACACUACACAGACUUACAAUGCAGGCUGCUUGUAGUAUAGAAACUUAUACCACUAGGCAGUGGCGUAACAGUAGCUUAGGGAACCUCUGAUUUGAGAAUUCAUGAAUACAGGAAGAAUCUAAUUAUUCAUUACAGAAAAUUAAUACAAAAAAAAUAUUUAAUUAUUCUGAGAAUUUGAAUAUUAAAUAAUAAAAAAAAUUACAUGAAUUGUACAAAUAAACUACGCAAAAAAAGCUACCCACUUGGCUAUUCUCUCCAUCGAAAGUUGUUUAGGUUAUUUUUUUAUUUAAAUAAUGGAAGAACCCUAUCUGAUGAAUUUUCCAAGAGCGCUAGAUGGUAUUUACGCUACUGCCACUAGGUCAUAAUGCUUUUUUUUUUCAUAACAUAAUAUUGAAAUGGUAACCCCACUUGCUUUAUCGGUAUACCCUGGCGGGGCACCAGUGAGGGAUGAUAGGUGGGAAUGAAAAAGCAAGUCAAGUUAGCCCAUCGUGAUGAAUACAUCUGGAAUUUAGCACGAUGGUUUCCAGGGGGAGCUACGUGGAGGCCGACCUGACAGCGUGCAUUGCUAGCAAUGGGACUGGUAGUCCGCAUUACUAACAAUGCAUCCCCCCCUAUAUUCCUGUAUUUUUUUUUGAUGGGUGAAAAUGGUAUGGUAACCCCGCCUGCGCUAACGGGAUACGCUGGCGGAGCACCAGUGAAGGGUGAUAGAUGAGAAUGAAAACAGGCCAGUUAGCCCAUCAUGAUGAAUUCAUCAGGAAUUAACCAUGAUAGUUUCCAGGGAAAACCGCGAGGAAGUCGACCUGGUUGGGUAU